UCUCUCUCUCUCUCUCUCUCUCGCUAGCAAUAUAAGGAAACCAAAUCCCGUUGGACGACCUUGUAUGUCUAGUUACUUAUAAUUUGCUAAAUAUAAUAGGGAGGUUUCUCAUCGCCAUUGCUAUUAUUAUUCCCCUUUCCCUUUAAACCUUUUUUCUUACUUUAUUAUAUUCUCUCUCUCUCUCUCUUUCUUUCUACUUUGAUUUGAAAAGGUUUAUGAAAAUGAGUUUCUUGGUUCAUAUUAGCACUCUGCCGCACACACUGCUUCUUCUUUUUCUUCUUGUUAUUCAUCAUCACAAGGCAAAUGCUGCAAGUGAUCAGUGCGAUUUGUUCACGGGGAGAUGGGUGGUGGACAAAUCGUACCCGCUUUACGAUCCAGCUGCAUGUCCCUUCAUUGAGCGGGAGUUCAGUUGCCAGAAGAACGGCCGCCGGGAUCUGGAUUACACCGAGUACAGAUGGCAGCCCCUCAGCUGUAAUCUACUUAGAUUUAAUGGUCAAGAUUUUUUGGAAAGAUUUCGAGGGAAGAGCAUAAUGUUCGUGGGAGAUUCGCUUAGCAGAAACCAGUGGCAAUCGUUGACAUGCAUGCUUCAUGUUGCCGCCCCCUACGCUAAAUACAAUUUAACAAGACAAGAAGACCUUUCCAUUUUUACAUUCACGGAUUAUGGAGUGAAAGUGAUGCUUGAUCGGAACGUGUAUUUAGUGGACGUUGUACGAGAAAAAAUUGGUCGGGUCUUGAAGCUUGAUUCCAUUGAGGGAGGCAAGCUAUGGAAAAACAUCGACAUGCUCAUCUUCAACACGUGGCACUGGUGGAACCGAAGGGGGCCUUCUCAACCAUGGGAUUACAUCCAAGUAGGGAGACAAAUAAUGAAGGACAUGGACCGUAUGGUUGCUUUUGAGACGGCACUUGCAACAUGGGCUGGGUGGGUGGAUUCAAACAUUGAUCCUGCCAAGACUAGGGUUUUCUUCCAAGGAAUUUCCCCUUCCCAUUACAAUGGUAGCCUAUGGAAUGAGCCAAGUGCAAAGAGCUGCGUGGGGCAGAAGCAGCCAUUGUUAGGGUCAAGAUAUCCUGGAGGUUUGCCACCGGCUGUGGGCGUCCUCAAGGGUGCAUUGAGCAAGAUCACAACGCCAGUCAUAUUGCUUGAUGUAACUCUUCUCUCCCUGCUGCGUAAAGAUGGCCAUCCUUCUAUUUACGGCCUCGGCGGCCCAACCGGAAUGGACUGCAGCCAUUGGUGUCUUGCCGGUGUUCCUGAUACUUGGAACCACAUUCUUUACAAUCUUAUUCUUUGAACAUUCAUGGAUUUUACACUGAAAAUUGGAUGCAUUUUUUCAGGCUAUUCAUUGAAGAUUCCUUAUUUCAAACACUAUUCGUUAGACUUUAAUAGAUUAAUUUUAUGUUUGAAUAAAUGUAAGCAACUCAAAUGAUAUAAAAUCU